GUUUCGAUUCAUUCACAUCAGGCGCAGCGUCUUGCUACCUGUCUCAUGGCCCCCAUGCACAGACAUUCAUCCCACGGUACGCACAUGCAGAGAGGAGAGGAGGGCCUCGAUAUGUUCUCAACACAUGCACGCACCCUCUCAUAGUAACACAUACACUUCCAGGCGGUCGGCAUGGCAGUGACUGCUGUGAGUAAUUCUGCCUCGCAUCAUGUCAUAUCAUAACACGAAACGUCGUCAAAACGGCCGUGGCCGUGUGUCGGUCGAUCUGUCCCCACGCCGACAGCCCCAUCAACACCAAAAGACAAAACAUGUAUGGGAAAACUUCGGUACGUGUGUACAUCCUUUCUACACGUGUAAGAGGAGAGAAGGCCCAGCCACGAUGGCUACCGAUUGAAACGGGACAGAGAUAAAGAGGGAGAGAGAGAGAGAGAGAGAUGGAGGGACGGAGGGCGGCCUAGCGCUAGCAUCGUGUGUGCAUCAGGCACUUGAUACAGGCAUCGGUUCUCCGACAGCCUGCCUCACGACACACUACAAUACAAUACACGCCACACGGCUGUCCAACCUCGUCCAAAAAAGAAGAAAGGGAGUCCCGUCCCGUCCCGUCUCGUCUCAUUCAUCCCAUCCACCAAGGCGAAGACAAACAAGACGAAUCGUGUGUCAGUAGAGGAGUAGAGGGAUCCAUCCCCUCACUUCAACUCCUCAUCUCCCUCCAGCCCGCUGUCUGUCUGUCCGUUCUAUGAGUCAGUCACCGAAAGCGAACUGCAUGCCGGGAAGGACCAGUUGAAGAUUUGUGUGCAUGUAAUCGUCGUUCAUCGGAAGGUCGGUCGACAGGCGGAGAGCACUGCGGGGCGAUGACUUUGUCCCCACACCGUCCACAGACAAUGUCACGCCAUACCUGCAUCCACACACACAGACGGAUGGGCCUGCACCCACUGUUUCGAGAUCAUUUGCCGCACUGGCUCGCUCACCUUGUGUUGUUGGUGCUGUUGCCGGGCGUCUUGGGAGGCAGUAUUUUCAGUCACUUGUGCGGACGGAUCAGUCGCAAAAUGGGAUGUCAGACCCCACCGGGCGGAUGUUCUGACCCGCACUCACAUCGCCUGGCCAUUCACAGAGGCGUACACAGGGCACGCAGUCAGUCCACAGACACAGAAAUGAGUGCCCUCCCUCUGCUCACUCACAGGUCAGGAUGGUCACCGUCUGCUUGUCCACAUUGCACUGCUCCACAGGCACCUGAGCGAGUGAUUGACACCCAUACACACGUGGAGGAUGGGCAACAUGGGGUCUUUCCGCUGCACUCACCAUAGCACUUGCACCGUCUGGCACUUUCGCGCCUGUCGUGAUGUAAGAUGCCUCGCCUGCACAACACGGACAGACACAGGGAGGUAUGGGCCAUCUCGCGCUGCCCUCGCAGACACACCUCUCUCUCACCGGGCUUGAGCGUAACGAUCCCCUCGGCGCCGGCAAAGCUCUCGCUGACGAUGGAAUACGCUGCUGACACAAACCAAGGAUCAGACGACCAAGUCGUUUGACAGUGCUGAAGGCGGCCAGCCCUUUGCCUACCUGAUCCACUCCCUCCCAAGUGAAGUGCAUAGCCGUCCUGAUGGAUGGAUGGAUUGACCAACCAACACAGACAGACACCAUCACACAUAGCAGCUCACGUCGUUCGCUGAGUGACACGUGCUGGCUCACCACGAUGGAUGCAGGGAAUGCGGGAUGGGGAAACGGAGCCGUCACGUCCUCCGCCUGUCACACACAAGCAGAAGGACCCUUGCACACACUGCAAAGCGUGAUCUCCAUCUCCGUCUGUGAUCUUCCUUUCUGACCAGGGUGCGUCCGAACGCCGACUGGAUGGCCACAGUGUCAGUCGUGGCGGGGCCUCUCUUCUUGACUGCCUCCAUCACGUGCUGCAGCCCUUCAGCCACUGACAGCAUCGGAUAAGAGGACUUCUCGGAGCCGCCAUCGCGAGAUCUGAUAUCGAUAUGCGCUGCCUCACGCGAUAUCGCCCAGAAGUUCCC